GUUAAGGUGGAACGGAGAGUUCCAAUCAGAAGCUCAGCUGAUCCUCGUGUUUUCAGCGAGGUGGCAGCAGCAGAGAAGAGAAGCAGGGAGAGUCGCUCGGGAUCACGUUUCAACAGCGACCAGCCAUUUUUUAAAGUUUCACUUCCUCGAAAAACACAGCGAGCAGAGCAGCUUCGCUGGGUUCACCAUAUCUGAACACACUCCGUCCCAGAUCUGAGCUUCUCAGCCGCAGGUUUCACUUUCGCUUUCCUGUCCAGCUCGUUCCGGGGUUUUUGCUGUAAUUCAAGGCUGAGGUCAGAUCGAGCCCCUGCCGGACCCCGCUGGUCUGCGAGGAGUGUGUUUGGGUGAGGAUCUCGAGGAGCUCGAUGGCAGGAGUGACAGGUCCCGUCAGCUGGCAGUGAGCGGAUGUCCGAAGGGCUGCGAUGAUGGACGGAACUCUGUUUCUGAGAAUACUGACCAAACACAGGGAGGUUCUAGUGGAGCACGUGAAGAACACGCAGUGUGUUCUGGACAACCUGAAGAGCAAUGGCUUCAUCUGCAAUGAGGACAUCGAGAUCAUACAACGCUCGGCCACCAAAACUGACCAGGUGCGGAAAAUCUUGGAGCUGGUCCAGAGCAAAGGAGAAGAAGCCUGUGCGUAUUUCAUUCAUAUUCUCCAUGAGGCGUACGAUGCAUACGUUGACCUCCGACCGUGGUUCAACACUAUUCAGUAUAAGCCUGCAGACUCCAUCAAAGAUCUACCUGUGAUCAACACAGACCCGAUUAGCAAAUACAGUGAGAAGCUGAGGAGUGAGCUUGGGAGGGACACCCGGUUCCUCACCUCGUACUCUCAGCGGGAGGAAACUCUUCUGGAUGAACUUUACACGGACACGCAGAUGGAGCUAUUCAACGACAAAGGUGAGAGUCUGGGCUACUUGGAGAGUCUGGACGAUAUUCUAGGAGAACAAGGUGUCUUUAACCAGGAGGCCGAGACCAUUUUUAUCACUGGUGAUGCCGGUGUGGGCAAGUCCAUUCUGCUCCAGAAACUCCAGAACUUGUGGUCAAAAAGGGAGCUGAACACCACAGCAAAGUUCUUCUUCAAGUUCAGAUGCAGGAUGUUCAGUGCCUUCAAGGAGACGGAUGAGAUCUCUGUGAAGGAUCUUAUUUUCAAGCACAACUGCUAUCCAGAUGGGGACCCUGACAACGAGGUCUUCAGGUACAUCCUACGAUUUCCAGAGACUGUACUUUUCACCUUUGAUGGAUAUGAUGAAAUCCAAAUGGAUUUUGAUAUGGACAAUGUACCAGAGGUGGUUUCACCUGAGGAAAAAACUCAUCCACUUUUGGUUCUCAUGAACUUGCUUUGCGGGAAACUCCUCAGAGGUUCCCGCAAGGUUCUGACGGCACGCACUGGCACGGAGGUUCAGAGCAGGGUCAUCCAAAAGAAAGUGGUUCUCAGAGGGUUCUCACCAGACCAUCUCAAAAGAUACAUGGCUUUGCAUUUCCCCAAGCAGGAGCACAAGGAAGUGGUGUCCGUGCAGCUGGACGCCAAUCCCCACCUUUGUGGUCUUUGCUCUAUCCCUCUGUUCAGCUGGAUCAUCUUCAAGAGUUUCAAGCACCUUCAAUCCAUGUAUGACAACUAUGAGCUUCCGGACUCUUGCAUCACCCUCACAAACGUGUUCCUCUUACUCUCUGAGGUGUUCCUGGGCCGCAUCACAAAAAGGCCUGGACUGCUGAAGAGGAGCACACGCAGCACUGCAGAAACCUUCAGAGCAGGGCUGAAGACACUCGUGGCCUUUGCUAAGCUUGCCCUUCUAGGGCUGGAGAAGAGCAACUUCAUUUACAGCGAGGAGGACUUGACAUCCUGUGGACUCAGCGAGGAGGACCUUCAGGUUGGGUUCCUGAGGCCUGUCAGUCACUAUGACGCUUGCGGAGGGGGUGCUACAUUCGAGUUUCUCCACUUGACGCUCCAGGCAUUCCUGACCGCCUUCUCUCUGGUGCUCGAUUCGGACAUCAGUCCCAAUGAAAUCCUGAAGUUCUUCGCCAAGUGUGAGUACAAUAAGUCAUCCCGUUUGUCCUGCUUCUCUUGUUUGGGAAGGUCCUCAUGUGCCAGAGAUACAGACCCUUUCCAAACCAAUGAGCACUUUCAGUUUACCAACCUUUUUCUUUGUGGUCUCCUGUCCAAAUCCAAUGCGGCAUUCCUGGAGCAUCUCAUAUCACCACUUAGUUUGAAGAAAAAGCAUGUGUCCCUAAAAUCUUACCUGUCUACCAGCGUGAAGACUCAUCUCAGGGGGCUUCCUCGGUACCCCAGCACAGAUAUCAAGGGCAGUAAGGUACAUGUGAUGCCCAACUUCUUGUGGACGUUGAGGUGCAUAUUUGAGACCCACAGUGAGGAUGUUGCUCGGCUUACGGCCAAAGGAAUCUCUGCGGAUUACAUCAAGCUCGCCUACUGUAACAUCUACUCAGCUGACUGCAGCGCCCUGAACUUUGUGCUGCAUCACCACAAGAAGUCUUUGGGAGUCGAUCUGGACAACAAUAAUAUCAGUGACUAUGGUGUGAAGCAGCUGGUACCUUCCUUCAGCAAAAUGACUGUGGUCAGGUUUUGUGUGAAUCAGCUCACUGACAGUAGUAUUGAGGUUUUGUCCAGAGAACUUAUCAGGCACAAAAUCGUCAGAGUUUUGGGACUUUACAAGAAUCACAUCACAGAUGUUGGAGCCAAAAUGGUUGCUCAGAUAAUCGAAGAAUGUCCUCAUCUGAUGACCUUGAAGCUUGGCAGCAACCACAUCACUAGUGUGGGUGCAAAGUUUCUUGCCCAAGCUAUUCAGAAGAGCAAGUCUAUCUUCGAUGUAGGAAUGUGGGGGAACAGUAUUGGAGAUGAAGGUGCAGAAGCUUUUGCUGAAGCUCUAAAGAAUCACCCCAAACUGACUAACCUCAGUCUUUCGGCGAAUGGCAUCUCCUCUCGGGGUGGAAGAAGUCUGGCGAGAGCACUAAAGGAGAACUCCAGCCUUCAUAUCUUCUGGCUGAUUCAAAACCAAAUUUCAGACGACGCUGCAUCAGACCUGGGCGAAGCUUUACGGAGUAACUCGGCGCUCACUCACCUCCUGUUAAUAGACAAUCAGCUGACCGCUCGAGGAGCCAAGCAUCUGUUUGAAGGUCUGGCCAGCAACACGACCAUUAAAGAAAUCAUCCUGAAGGGAAAUCCGGUCUCUGAGGAGGAAAAGAAGCAGUUUGAGAGUGAGAAAAGACUUUACUUCCACUAAGAAGAUGGAGGGAGGUCAGCCAAGUGCUGUCUUCGUUAGACCACUACAGACCUUCCCUGUCACGUCAUCCAGAAACACAGACACUGAAAUGAGUAACAAUGCAAUUUUUUAAUGUCAUAUUUCUGUACAGAAUUUUUACACAAAUGGAAUGAUGUCACAACUUACUGUGUAUCUAAAUCAUUAAAAAUGUGUGUGCCUCAA